AUGGCUGAGACUGUAUCUGUUGACUGUAUGUUAUCACAGUGGAAGGCUAAACUCGAGGGCUGUGGCGAUGACAUCAUCGAAACGCAGGUAUGCGUCUUCACCGUCCACACGAACACUCAAGGGCUGCACAGUUCACCAGAGAUGGUCCUUGCCAGUUUUGACUCGACUUCAGAUGUUUCUUUUACUUUUACUUUAUUCAAUGAUUCUACACAAGAUUGGGAUUAUAAUGUAACACACACCAGGCAGGAAAUCUCAGAGGAAGCACUGCAGUUUCUUAAAGGCCCUGUGUCCACUGUCCUCAUACCGUCCUUCUACACGCUGGUCUGCCUCAUCAGCAUGCCAUUUAACAUCUGUGCAGUGAUAGCUUUCGCUUGGAGGAUCCGGCCAAAAAAACCAGCAGCAAUCUACAUGCUGAACUUGGCCUGCGCUGACCUAAUCUUUGCCCUGCUGCUUCCCUUCAAGAUCUCCUACCACUUUGGCGGCAACAACUGGAUAUUCGGCCCACUUAUGUGCCGUGUGGUCACUGCAGCUUUUUACUGGAACAUGUAUUGCUCUGUUCUGCUCAUAACUUGCAUCAGUGUGGAUCGGCUUCUUGCUAUAGUCUACCCUAUGGACUCUGUGGUUUGGAGAACCCCACAGAAUUCAAUCAUAGCCUGUGUCACCAUGUGGAUAUUAUCCUUGGCUGGCUCAGUACCCCUAGUGGUCUCCGAACAGACUGUACACCUAAUUCAGCUGGACAUCACCACCUGCCACGACAUCCAGAGAGCUGAUCAACUAAUCUGGCACUACAAGAUCUACUUCAUCAUUCUUUGCUGCUUCCUCUUCUUCCUGCCUCUGCUCAUCACAGUAGUGUCCUACACUUGGGUGAUCUGGUCACUGAGCAGGGUCCCAAGCGGGGAUCCUGGACACUCACGCAGACGCAUGAGAGCAGUGGUGAUGGUUUUAACGGUGCUGGUGAUCUUUGUGUUGUGUUUCAUGCCCACAAACUGCAUGCUGCUAGCACACUACCUGCAAUUCAACGAGGGAAUGAAAAAUCCCACAGACGCUCCUGAUGGCUCCUACUUGAUCUAUCUGGUUUUCCUGUGUUUGGGGAGUUUGAACUGCCUUCUGGAUCCGCUGGUCUACUACUUCGGAUCAUCCCAAUGCCAGAAACAACUGUCCAAAGCGCUGAGGUGUCAGAAGAUUACAGAGUCCAGCCACAAAGAAAGUUCAAAGACAAACUCAUCAACCACCAAAAUGGACUCUUUCCAAUCAAAUCUCAACAGCCAAUACAAUAAACUACUGGUCUUGUAGACUGUUACACUGAAUCAUACUGAUGUAACUGACUUAACUGAAACAAGAGAAAUAUCUUUAUUAUGAAGUUCAAGUAACAGCAAGUAAUGAGCACAAAGCCUGUAGUGUCUAGCCUUUAUGUUUCUGUCAUGAUUAGAAUAAAUGGAGGACAUGUGAACUUACGAUGCCAACAUACAGUAUUAAAAAACAUGUUUUUAUACUACUACUAAAUACAUUUUAGUUUGAGAAGUCUUGCUUUCAAACACACAUGCACUUGUGAAUGAAUAAUGAAGUUAAAAAUAAUGCAGGGAAGGAAGUUUGAAUUUAGAAGAACGAAUGUUUGAUACUAUGAAAUGCUAUUUGAACUGUAUAUGUAAGAGCUCAAAGGUUUAUAAGCAGCAAGUGAAUACCAGGACUUUCUAUUUUGUUGACACUUUGUAUUUUCCUGUUUUUGUGUAUGUAUAUAUAAAUAUAUGUAUAUUUACUGAAAAGCAUAUUUUAACGCACUUAUGUUUCAUCUCUGAAAAGCUUUCAGUCGUGUUUUAUUUUCUAUUUUCUUUAAAUAUAAACCACUUUUAAAGUAAGCUUACAUCUUGUCUAAUUCCCACCCCAAGUUUCUUAAGGUCUCGGGACCCUUUAUUAACCAUAUUAGAAAUGAGAAGUGUCUCACUGGGAACUAUUCAAUUGGACUAUACUGUAUUUUGUUUUAUUGCAUUGCAAUGUAAUGUGCUAUAAUCCACCAAGUUCAUUUUCUUUCCCGGCCUUACCUCGCCGUCUUCGGUACACCCACUCAAUCCUGACAGUCAAUCCACUUAUGGAUAU